CAUUUUCCCCGCCAUUUACAUCAUCCAAUUUUCUCUCGUUUCUAGGGCUCCGAUUCCCCCCCUUCUCUCUCCCGCGACUCCACACAAGCCGAAGUCGCUCCCGGAUCUCCUCCGAAUUGCGCCCCCGCCACCGCCCGGAGCCCGCGCGCCGCCCGCGGAAUCGCAGAUUCGUCAGCCGCCGAUGAGCAACCCGGUCGGUCCGAGCUCGGGUCCCGGCUGGAGCUACCGAGGCAUCGGGCUGUCGAACACCGUGCACUCCGAUGUGGCCUCGUGCCUCCCGCUGCCCUCGCUCCCGGUGUUCUUCGGCGCGUCCGAUCAGGAGCUGCGGCUGUUCGACGAGCGGAGCGCCGCCGCCGGUUCGUUCCCCCGGAGGAGCUUGAAUCGCGUCGACGUCCUCGCUCAGUCGAGCAAAAUCGCUGAUCUGCUUCGCAACGCCGAUGUCUCUUACUUAAAGCUUAGGGAGGAUUUGAUGGUGAUACCGCAUAGCUAUGUGGAGCCAUUAAAACUUUAUGAAGAAGUUCUUUAUCAAAAUCCCGAAGCCUUUGAGUGCUUUUCUCCAGGUCAUACCAAAGAGCACAUAUUUCAAAGUACAGUACAUGUCGAGAAGCCUCUUCAACUUAAUGUUACUUAUGCAAGUCAAGCACAAAAAGAAUUGCCUCUACAUCGAAAUAAUCAGCUUGAUAAUGCUCUUGCUAAUGAAGUCUCUACAUCUUCUCGGAAACCAAAGGUUAAGAAAAAAGUACGUGAUGAAAUCCCUAGAGAUGUUGGACCUAGUCCUGUUGAAUCCCAAGAUGAUACGGUUGGAAGGUUUUCUGACAUGUUGGAGGACAUCUGUAGCAAAGCUGAGAUUUCUGGAGAUGAUAGAGAUGAAGCAGAGUGGAUCUCAAUGCCUAUUACCGAUCUUAGGAUACUUGUUAAUGAAAUCAUGUCAGUUCGUGCGAAGAAGCUUCUACAUUUAGUUCCUGCAGAUACUCUUGUUAAACUAUUAAGGGUUCUAGAUCAUCAGAUCCAUCGAGCAGAAGGCCUGUCCAUUGAUCAGUGUGAUCAUUCAGAUCCGGAUGCAAUUUCCUCCCUCCUCUGUGCUUUGGAAUCCAUACAUGCAGCUCUGGCAGUAAUGGCUCAUAAUCAGAUGCCAAAGCAUCUUUAUAGUGAAGAGAUCAUCGAGAGGAUUCUUGAAUUCUCUCGACGUCAAAUAAUGGACAUAAUGUGUAUCUAUGAUCCAUCCUACCGCGCUUUGCAUAAACCUGUUGAACAAGGAGCUCCUGAAGCUGAUGAAGAUGAUGAAGCAGAUGCAGAUAUUGGUCCCAGUAAGAAACGCCGUGUUGUUAAGAGUGUGAAAGCAAAGAAAUCAACAGUGAAUAGGGUCUCAGCUGCUGCUAGUACAGUACUUCAGAAGCUGUGUACUAUUCUUGGUUUACUUAAGGAUCUACUGUUAAUAGAGAAGCUUUCAGACAGUUGCAUUCUACAGUUGGUGAAAACAAACUUUACAACGUUUUUGGUGGAUAAUAUCCAGCUUCUCCAACUUAAGGCCAUUGCUUUAAUUAGUGGGAUAUUCUAUUGGUAUGCACAGCAUCGUGCUUAUGUCAUCGACGAAAUGCUUCUUUUGCUUUGGAAGUUGCCUUUCUCUAAGCGUGCAACACGAGCCUAUCACCUGCCUGAUGAAGAUCAGAGGCAAAUUCAGAUGAUUACUGCCCUGCUGAUUCAGUUAGUUCACUGUGGUGCUAACAUUCCUGAAGUUUUAAGGCAGGCAUCUGACAUUACUUCCAUCAUGGAAGUCUCACAUGAUGGUACUUAUCUCACAAAGUGUCAUGAAGCAAUCACAGAGGCGUGUUGUCUUUUCUGGUCCCGUGUUCUGCAGCGAUUUACUAGUGUAAAGACUCAGGAUGCAUCUGAGAUAAAAGUAAUGAUGGAAAAUCUUGUUAUGGAUUUGCUGACCACAUUGAACUUACCUGAAUAUCCUGCUUCAGCUCCUAUUCUGGAGGUCUUUUGUGUCCUACUGCUACAGAACGCUGGGCUGAAAUCCAAAGAUAUAGCUGCGCGAUCCAUGGCCAUCGACCUUCUUGGGACGAUUGCCGCCCGCUUAAAACAUGAUGCUGUUAUUUACCGGAGGGACAAGUUUUUGUUGCUACGAGAAUUAGUUGAUGGUGAUAAUGUUGACCAAAGUUAUCCAAAGGAUGUUUGCUCUGUCUGUGGUGAUGGGAGGGUAGAGAGAUCAUUGUUUACCUGUCAAAGCUGUCGAAGAUUGUUCCAUGCUGAAUGCAUGGGUGCAAGAGAGCAUGUAGUUCCUGAUUAUAGCUGGAGCUGUCAAUUUUGCAUCUGCAGAAAGCAACUCCUUGUACUGCAAUCAUUUUGCAAAUCCCAUUGCAAGGACACCAAAAGAAAUCAUGUUGAUCAAAAUCCAGAAUCUUUUAGUUCAAUUACGAAUAUUGAAGUUGUUCAGCAGCUUCUUCUUAAUUUCCUCCAGGAUUCCAGUUCCACUGACGAUGUGCAUGUCUUUGUUCGUUGGUUUUAUUUAUGCCUUUGGUACAAGGAUGAUCCAAAAUUUCAGGAAAAUUUCUUUUACUAUCUUGCUAGACUGAAGUCAAAGACUGUAGUGCGUGAUUCUGGUACUGUUUCCUCAACUUUGACAAGAGAUUGUAUCAAGGAGAUCACUUUAGCUAUGGGACAAAAAAAUUCCUUUUCCAGAGGGUUUGAUAAGAUCCUUCACAUGCUUUUGGCAAGUCUGAGGGAAAACUCUCCUAUUAUAAGGGCCAAGGCUCUAAAAGCGGUAAGUAUAAUUGUGGAGACCGACCCAGAGGUAUUGCGUGACAAACGUGUGCAGCUUGCUGUUGAAGGGAGGUUUUGUGAUUCUGCUAUAUCUGUGAGAGAAGCAGCAUUGGAACUUGUCGGUAGGCAUAUUGCUUCACAUCCUGAUGUUGGAUCACAGUAUUUUGAGAAGGUUGCAGAGAGAAUUAAAGACACUGGAGUUAGUGUCAGAAAACGAGCUAUCAAAAUCAUCCGGGACAUGUGCACUUCAAAUGCUAAUUUCUCUGAAUUCACUAGUGCUUGCAUUGAGAUCAUUGCUCGUGUUAGUGAUGAUGAGUCUAGUAUUCAGGAUCUUGUCUGCAAGACUUUUUAUGAAUUUUGGUUUGAGGAACCACCCAGUUCCCAGACUCAGAUUUACAGUGACGGUAGUUCCGUUCCAUCAGAGGUUGCUAAAAAGACCGAGCAAAUAGUCCAAAUGUUGAGGAGGAUGCCAAAUUUCCAACUUCUUGUGACUGUUAUGAAGCGCAAUCUAGCACUUGAUUUUCUUCCACAAUCAUCAAAAGCUGCUGGAAUCAACCCUGUUUUACUAGCAUCAGUUCGAAAGCGCUGUGAGUUAAUGUGCAAGAGCUUGCUGGAAAAGAUUUUGCAGGUGGAGGAAUCAAGCACUGAGGAAGCAGAGGUGCGGUCACUUCCUUACGUGAUGGUUCUGCAUGCAUUCUGCGUUGUGGAUCCGACACUCCUUGCUCCAGCAUCCGAUCCUUCCCAAUUUGUGGUGACUUUGCACCCGUAUCUCAAGAGUCAGGGUGACAAUAGAGUGGUGGCACAAUUGCUGGAAAGUAUCAUCUUCAUUAUUGAUGCUGUUCUGCCUUUGCUUCGGAAGUUACCUCAAAGUGUUAUUGAAGAACUAGAGCAAGAUUUGAAGCAUAUGAUUGUACGGCAUUCUUUUUUAACGGUUGUCCAUGCGUGCAUCAAGUGCCUUUGCUCUGUGAGUAAAGUAGCUGGAAAAGGUUCUAGUGUUGUUGAGUAUCUUAUACAGGUGUUCUUUAAACAUUUGGACUCGCAGGGCUUUGAGAACAAGCAGCAAAUGGGUCGUUCUCUUUUUUGUCUUGGAUUGCUCAUCCGCUACGGCAAUUCUUUACUGGGUUAUUCAAGUAACAGGAAUAUUGAUGUUGCAAGCAGUCUCAGCUUGUUCAAACGGUAUCUGCUUAAGGAGGAAUUUGUUUUAAAAAUUAGAUCUCUGCAGGCUCUGGGAUUUGUUUUAAUUGCGAGGCCUGAAUUUAUGUUGGACAAGGAAGUAGGCAAAAUAAUAGAGGCCACAUUGUCUUCUGAUUCUGAUGCUCGUAUUAAGAUGCAAGCUCUCCAAAAUUUGUAUGAAUAUCUUCUGGAUGCUGAAGCUCAAAUGGGAACAGAGGUUACAACUAACGAGGCAAAUUGCACCAAUGAAAGCAGUCAGAGCGUUCCUGUUGCUGCUGGUGCAGGAGAUACUAACAUGUGUGGUGGUAUAGUUCAACUCUAUUGGGAUAGGAUACUGGAGAGAUGCUUAGACCAAACUGAACAAGUUCGUCAGACUGCCCUCAAGAUUGUGGAAGUGGUUUUGCGUCAAGGUCUUGUGCAUCCCAUUACAUGUGUUCCAUACCUUAUAGCGCUUGAAACUGAUCCACUGGAGGUAAAUGCAAAGUUGGCUCAUCAUUUGCUGAUGAACAUGAAUGAGAAGUAUCCUGCUUUUUUCGAAAGUCGUUUAGGGGAUGGGCUGCAAAUGUCCUUUAUUUUUAUACAAAUUAUUAGUGAUGGUUCCUCUAAUGGUGGGAGCGAGAAUGUCCCUCAUAAGGGUCCUGGAAGUAUGAAAGGGAAAUCUGAUGGUAUCUCAUUUGCUCAAGCAAGGCUUGGAGUUUCAAGGAUCUACAAACUAAUUCGCGGAAAUCGGGUUUCCAGGAACAAGUUUAUGUCCUCAAUUGUGCGCAAAUUUGAUAAUCCAAUAUGGAAUGAUACAGUUGUUCCUUUUCUGAUGCACUGCACAGAGAUUCUUGCUUCAUUGCCGUUUACGACACCCGAUGAGCCACUCUAUUUGAUUUAUACGAUAAAUCGAGUAAUGCAAGUUCGGACUGGGGCCAUUGAGGCAAAUUUAAAGGCAUUUUGUUCAAGAUCGUUACCAAGAGACAGCCAGGAUGUGGUACAAGGGAGUGGGAUUAGUCAAUGGCCAGCUUCUCAACCUGUCUUCAGUAAUGUACGAUCCCUGGAUUUGAAUGGCACAUACCAAGAGUUGGCUUAUCAGCCUUUUUUCAAUCAUACGACAUCAGUUGACUUGAAUGGCAGUAUCCCACCACAGCUAUCAAAUCAGUUCAAUUUGCACAAUUCUAAUUUUGAGGAGGCAAAGCCCCAAUUUAGUGGGUCUGGUGAAUUUUCUAGCUUUUCUGAGGAUGGUAUGCAGAAAAUCCAGGUUGACUGUCUAGCUGCUACGGCAUUGCAGCUUCUGUUGAAACUAAAGAGGCACCUAAAAAUUAUUUAUGGCCUCAACGAUGCUCGGUGCCAGUCAUUUUCUCCAAAUGAGACGCUAAAAUCCAGCGAAGUUCUCUCCAAGCAGAAUAUUCCAUUUAAUAUUAGUGGAAUACAUACCAACUUGCCUUCCACUUCUCAAGAAGUCAUGGAAAGAUAUCAGGAAUUUAAGAGUGCUUUGAGGGAAGACACCAUCGAUUACUCUGCUUACACAGCGAACAUCAAACCAAAGCGGCCUGCCUCUAGAAGAGGUUCUAGACGCGGUGGGGAUGAUGACGAGGAUGAGGACGAUGACAACUGGUCAGGAGGCAGGGUACGUCUAACUAAUAGCGGAAGGAGAGUCACGAGGAGCAGGUUGAGGUAACACUUGUAAAUAACAGGUAGGCUGACAUGUACAUUUAGUAGGAAAAUAAUUAGGAUAUGACAACAGUAGAAAUUGAUAGAAUUCUGGAAAAGGGAAAUGGAAGUGCCAAAAGAGUCUAGGGUUCUUCUGGCUCUUGAAGGUACUCUGUUCAAUUGUCCGAUUUCCAGUUUUAGGCAUUACAGUGGCAGGCGAUUAUUCUUUAUGUUAACAAAAUUGAAAUUUGCUAGAGUAGUCUCGAGCAAUUUUGUUGUCGUUGUAAAUAUCUGUUUCUGUGGGGGAACUAGAUGUAUCGUAGCACAUUUUAUGUCAGUUCCUAAAAUUCAAACUCCAUGUUGUAUUGGAACACAAUGUAUAGUCAAAGUCGAUUUUCUGCUUUCC